AUGCCCCCGUACGGUUCUCUGCAUUCUCCAUCGUUGCGCAAAAUGGAACAAUCUAGGGGAAGCUACGGCCGCAGGGGCAUAAACAUGUCCAACGUUCUAGGUGACCCCUUUGCCCUAGCCACGAUAUCUAUAGCAGUGCUUGCAUGGGUUAUUUCCUUCGUCAGUUCCAUCAUCGCCCAGGUACAAGCCGUACCCAGAAACCCCUUCCCGCCAUAUUCCUGGUUCGCUAUUGUCUUCACACUUCCCUUAAUAGGCGGCAUUUUCGUUGUAGUUGCAUCCGAUUGCAUCCAAACCUAUCACGUCGCUAUCGUGGGCUACUUGGCUUGCGGGCUCGUUGCUACUACCUCCUCCGUGAACGCGUUGGUAUAUUCCCCCGAGGGGGCGAGGGAGGCCGCUGCCGCCGGGUUUAUCCUGCUUUCUAUGGUGAAUAUCGCGUGGAUCUUUUACUUCGGAUCCGCUCCAUCGGCCGUACCCCGCGCAUAUCUAGACUCUUUCGCGCUCGCAAAGGAAUCGAAAACCAACCGACAGACUAUGAACGGUGGAUAUGGUGUCCGUCCGGAAACAUCCACCUCUGUGCAACCGCCGCAGAUGUAUACCUCGGCACAGCUCAAUGGGUUCGAAAACCCGUCCCCCGUCGGCGGAUUCAACGGCAACGCCAUUCGAAAUUCGCAGGCCGUUCCCGGCUUAUCCAGCUCCGGAAACAAAUCGACACCCCCAGGACAGACCGAGGCCGAGAUUGCCGCGCCGACCGAAUACCCAUAUCGCGCGAAGGCCAUAUACAGCUACGAAGCGAACCCUGACGACGCGAAUGAGAUUUCAUUCACGAAGCACGAGAUAUUAGAAGUGAGCGACGUUAGCGGCAGGUGGUGGCAGGCGAGGAAAGAGAACGGCGAGACGGGCAUAGCGCCCAGCAACUACCUCAUACUAUUAUGA